AGAACACACCAUCUGUAAACAUGGCGUCUGGCUUCAGGUCGAGGUGUGCGCUUCUCCUGCUCUGCACGGCUUUGCUCUGUGUUCUAGCUUCUGGCAGCAAAGAUGCCCCCAAGAAGAAGAAGGACAUCCGAGACUACAACGACGCAGACAUGGCGCGACUCCUGGAACAGUGGGAGAUGGAUGACGACAUUGAGGACGGUGACCUACCCGAGCACAAACGGCCUCCCCCUCCCAUCGAUUUCUCCAAGGUGGACCCCUCCAAGCCAGAGGACCUUCUAAAGAUGUCCAAGAAAGGCAGAACCCUGAUGGUUUUCGCUACAGUGUCAGGAGAUCCCACUGAGAAAGAGACGGAGGAAAUCACAGGCCUGUGGCAGGGCAGCCUCUUCAAUGCCAACUUUGAUAUUCAGAGGUUUGUGGUUGGCUCCAACAGGGUGAUCUUCAUGCUGCGGGACGGUAGCUUUGCCUGGGAGGUCAAAGACUUCCUUGUGGCCCAGGAACGCUGCGCAGAGGUUACUGUGGAGGGUCAGGUGUUUCCAGGGAAGGCUGCCAAGAAGGACGACGAUGCCAAGCAUAAGAAGCAGAAUGACACCAAGAAGAAGAGCAAGAAGAAGACGGAAAGCAAGAAGCCUGACUUGGAGGGAAACCGCGCCAGCCAUCAGAAGAACGAGCUGUGAUGAAAGUAAACUGAGGGGAGGAUGAGGAGUCACUGGUCAAAUACAGGCUCUGACUGAACAUCAGCAGACAUACUCGAGGCCGGCUGAGCAAUAAACUGGUGAGAGGCUGCACAACCACUUGAAGUUGCUGGGGCGUUGGAGUCGAUGGUUUGAGUGACCUGAGGCGUCCUGUUAUGUGCAUUAACUGUCUGCUCAGCCGGAGUCAUCACUCAGUGUCUUUGCUUUACUUCUCCGUCACUGGAACAUGCUGCAGUGACGCGUCCAUUCUUCAAAUCUUCUGGCUUCGUCAGAGGGUCGAAUCAAAAGUGUCAGCGCCGUCUUAUUUUUUAUAAUCACAUGGUCACAAAAUGAAAACCACCACAUAAUAAUGUAGUUUGAAAGGUACUCAGAGUACACAUUCUUGUAUUGUUUGUCUUUAUGUUUGUGCCAAGAUCCAUGUAUGGAGCAGGAAAAAGUGUUUUGUUUUAUUUUCCUGGUACAGGCGUGGAGUUAUUCCUCAGGCUUUCCGGUUUUGGUUAAUGAUCGACAUGGUUCACGCACAGCAGCAAGAUUUAAUAAAUAGCACCUACAUCCUCUGUUUGAUUUUUCACUAAAUAAAAAAAAUGAAUAAAGAUUUUGUUUUUAUAAUCA